CGCCAACCGCCAACGAUCUUUCCGCGCGACACGCUACAACUGACGCGAUGGCACCCUCCAAGAAGUCAAAGUCGGCGAAGUCGACUGAAUCUAUCGCUUCUCGUCUCGCGCUUGUCGUAAAGUCGGGCAAAUACACUCUCGGCUACAAAAGCGCGCUCAAGCAGAUGUGCUCUGGCAAGGCAAAACUUGUCUUGAUCUCGGGUAACUGUCCGCCACUCCGAAAAUCCGAGCUGGAAUACUACGCCAUGCUUUCGAAAACGACGGUGCAUCACUUUGCAGGCACGAACGUCGCAUUGGGAACUGCUGCGGGGAAGCUCUUCCGGGUCAGUGUCAUGACCAUCUCAGACCAGGGAGACAGUGACCUUCUCACUAUUGCGGAAGGUAACAAUGCAUAGACUUAUUCCGCACCUUAUUUGUAUGCUACCCAUGCACUAUGUGCCAUGGAAUGUCUUAAUUAUGCCGAUGUGCUCUGCCUGUUGCAAAUUGAAAUCAAGCUGAAAA